AUGUCCGACGGUUUGCUUUGUGAGGCUUCGGCACUUUUGGCGGCUCGCAUCUUCGUCACAGCGGCCGAGCAGAAUCACUAUGGAGAGAAGCGGCUUCUGUCGUCCGUCGAUGUGAAGGGAGCUGCAACUUCUCGAAAGGGCAACCAAAAUGAGAAGGGAUCGUGUGAUACAGGUAUUCUUGAUGAGCUGAAAAAGAUGCGCGACGAGAACGCAGAAAUUAAGCAACAACUUCGUGACCUUCGGGGGUUGAUUGAAAAACUGCAGAAUCUUCAAGUUUCAAGGAGCCGUCAAUCGACCGUUGGUGAGCCUGCAAAGGAAGAGCAGAAAGGCGAAGAGGACGACUUCGAUCUGUUUGGCUCAGAGGAUGAAGAGGAUGAUGAAAAGAAGAAAGUGGUGGAGGAACGUCUCAAAGCCUACAACGAGAAGAAGUCCAAGAAGCCCGGUCCUAUUGCAAAGUCUUCAAUCAUCCUUGAUGUCAAGCCUUGGGAUGACACGACUUCGCUCGAAGAAUUAGAAAAACUCGUUCGAUCCAUUGAGAAAGACGGCCUAGUGUGGGGUGGAGCCAAGCAAAUCCCCAUUGGAUAUGGCAUCAAGAAGCUUCAAAUCAUUUGUGUCGUUGAAGAUGCUAAGGUAUCAGUGGAUGAUGUGACCGAGGAGAUCGAAGGCUUCGAUGAGCUCUGCCAAUCAGUCGACGUCGUUGCUUUUAACAAGAUC